AGCAAGAUUUAAAAGAUAUAUUAUGGAACAAGCCAGAAGCACUUGAGAAACUUGACAAUUAUGCUAAUAAUCCUCAAGUAAAUGUUUUAUAUGUUGCAAAGAAAAAUGAUGAUAAUAAAUCAUAUUCUUAUGCAUUAUUACAAGAAAUAACACAUCAUCCUGAUCAUGUUGCAUUAAUUGCAAUCAUAAAACAUGUAUCAACUUUGAGAUUGGUUGAUAAGAAAUUAAACAUGUUAACUUUGGAUAUCCUGAAAAAUAAUGCAGCAUUUUAUUGUAUUGGAAAGUCAUUCAUUUUAAACCUUGGUUUAAAAGAGAUUAUUAACAAAG